AUGGAUAGUCUUUGUUGCUUCAACUCUGCCAGAAAGGCUAUUGGAUCAUGUAGCUCUGGCAAAGGCAAGAGCAAUCAGUACCCUCUUAAGUAUGGCUUUUGCUUGGUUGAAGGGAAACCCGAUCACCCAAUGGAGGACUUUCAUGUAGCGAAAAUCGUACAGUUCCAUGGCCGAGAGUUAGGACUUUUCGCCAUAUUUGACGGACACUCAGGCGACACCGUGCCUGCCUAUUUACAAAAACAUCUCUUUCCUAAUAUCUUGAAGGAAGAAGACUUCUGGACCGAUCCAAACAGUUCGAUCAUCGAAGCUUAUGAGUCAACAGAUCAGGCCAUUCUUUCUCACAGUCCUGACUUGGGCCGAGGAGGAUCGACUGCAGUGACUGCCAUUCUCAUAAACAAUCAGAAGUUAUGGAUAGCAAACGUUGGAGACUCGCGAGCUGUUCUGUCGAGGAAAGGGGCCGCUAUACAGAUGAGUAUCGAUCACGAGCCCAAUACUGAAAGACGCAUCAUCGAGAAUAAAGGCGGCUUUGUCUCAAACCUUCCAGGGGAUGUUGCAAGAGUGAAUGGACAGCUUGCAGUUUCUCGAGCAUUCGGAGACAGAAACCUGAAGUCACACUUGCGGUCUGAUCCAGACGUACAACCCGAUGAUAUCGAUCAAGAAACUGAGCUCUUGAUACUCGCUAGUGAUGGUCUAUGGAAGGUAAUGGCGAAUCAAGAAGCAGUUGAUAUUGCAAUAAAGAUAAAAGAUCCAGAAAAAGCAGCAAAACAACUAACUGCGGAGGCAUUGAAAAGAGAGAGUAGGGAUGAUAUUUCAUGCAUUGUAGUUCGUUUCAAGUGA